CAAAGUGAGGCAGGGUUUGAUGAGUUUAGGGUUUUUGAUGGGUUAACAAGAGAUGGGGGUUUUAGGCAACGAAAGGAUUUUAAGUUUUUGAAGAUUUCCUCUGCAAAUCAAGUAAGUCCCUACUCAUCCUUCGACUAAAUUCCAUCAAUGUCUAUUUUAAUCCGCAGAACGUUACACCAAAUAAGGUCUUCCAUCAGAAAUUCACCAACCCAUUGUACCUGCUUCACUCAAAUACAGUCCUUUUCAUCAUCUCUCGCAUCCAUCGAUCAAACACCAAAUCAACACUCAUUCACAGUCAAUUACCUCAUAAACAAAUGUGGGUUUCCUCUUGAAAAGGCUAUAACAGCAGCAAAGAGAUUCAACUUCGAAACCCCAGAAAAGCCCGACUCUGUUAUUGCAUUCUUCUGUAGCCGUGGCUUCACCAAAACCCAAGCCUUAAAUGUCACCAGAAAGGUCCCCCAAGUCAUCGUGUCCAAUCCUGAGAAAACCCUUUUGCCCAAACUCGAAUUUUUCAAAUCGAAAGGCGUUUCAAGCACAGAUGUUGUCAAAAUACUAUCAAAAACGCCUGUGCUUCUUAAAAGAAGCUUAGAAAACCAAAUCAUCCCCUCUUUCGACUUUGUUAGGAAUUUGAUUGGAUCGGACGAGAGAACUUUAUCUGCUAUUAAAUUCUCAGCUGGUCCGCUUUUGGUUGAUCUUGAGAGUUGUAUGGCACCCAAUGUUGACACUCUGCGGGAGGUCAAUGUGCCAGAUGCAAAAAUCACAUUCUUGUUGACAUCCCAACCUAGAACAUUCGCAACGAACUGUGAGAGAUUUAGACAGAAUGUGGAGGAGGUAAAGGGAAUGGGUUUUAACCCUCUGACAGUGAACUUUGUUUUAGCAGUUCUAGCGUUGAACUCAAUGAGUAAACCUGUGUGGGAGAAGAAGAUUGAGGUUUAUAAAAAGUGGGGUUUGUCCCAGGAUGAUAUUCUUGUGACUUUUGGGAAGCGUCCCUGGUUCAUGAAGGUCUCUGAGGAGAAGAUCACAAGAAUAAUGAACUUUUUGGUCAAUAAAAUGGGCCUAGAUUCUUCGUUUGUUUUAAAAAUGCCACUAGUCCUAUCAUUGAGCUUCGAGAAGAGGAUUGUACCGAGGUGUUUGGUUUAUCAAGCAUUGCAAGCAAAAGGUCUGAUCAAGAAACGAAAUGUUAUCGGUGGGAUGCUGAAGUCUACUGAAAUGUUGUUUGUACAGAAGGUUGUGACUUUGGCUAAGGAAGAAGCUCCUGAGCUAUUGAAGUUGUACGAGGAAAAGUUGUCACUUGCAAGAUAAUUAGGGUGUGGGCAUGACAUGAGAAUGGACUGGUUAAUACAUUAACUGGACAUGCAAUUGUCCCGUUAGUUGCUUCCUGAAAUUUAACUGCUGUGUGCUGAAUUCUCUCCUUCUGCAUACGAUUGGGCAAGUGAAAUUUAUUGUUUGUGAGCAAGGUUUAUGUUAUCUGUUUUCAUUCUGUUGAAUGGAACUGGAAGUUCCAAAUUGCCACACCGAGUUCUUUGCCACCUGGUAUUGGAUGAGGCCUGAUGCAGUGUCCCACCAGCCGCUCAUCCGGGUAACUUGGCCGUGGAAUUUUUUCGCUACUUAUUUUUGUAGAUGAUAUAGAUUUCAGAUUGGUCAUAGUGUUGUCUAACGUGCACCGAUUUAAAUGUUCUAUUUGGUCAUUUUGCUGAUGAUGUCAUCUUGGUUUAUUGUAAAAAAUGAGACGGCAUGAAUUUGUUUCGUGGAUUUAUUUUUGAGGCAAGUUGCUGCUGCUCUUAUCUAUGAUAGUUGAAUGCUGAGAA